GGUGUUUUCAACCUUGCUGUGAUCUUACUAAUAUGGCAAAAAAGUCUUACGACGCACUGUUUAAAAUUCUGCUCAUUGGAGAUUCUGGUGUUGGCAAAACUUGCCUACUCGUUCGUUAUGUAGAAGAGUCUUUUGUACCAACCUUCAUUUCAACGAUAGGAAUCGAUUUUAAGAUUAAAACAAUUGAGUUAGAAGGAAAGAAAAUAAAGCUACAGGUAAGCAGCAUCUUAGGGAUACCAAUUGAAUGAAGAUAUGGGAUACUGCAGGCCAGGAACGCUUUCAUACAAUUACCUCCUCUUACUAUCGCGGUGCCAUGGGUAUAAUGUUGAUAUACGAUAUUACUAGUCGUCAAACGUUUGAUAACGUCCAGACGUGGAUGAAUAGAACCUUUUCUUUAGCAUCAAAUGAGGUUGAGAAGUUGCUGAUUGCUAAUAAGUGUGACAUGGCGCAUAACCGAGUUGUAUCUUAUGAAGAGGGUCGGCAAAAAGCAGAGGAAUAUGGGAUUGGCUUCCUGGAAACAAGUGCGAAGUCGUCAACGAAUGUACACAAGGCCUUCGAGGAACUGACUCGCGCCAUCCUCCAUAACAGUUCUAUACGUAGACAUGAGUCGUCUACGGUGACUCAAGUCCACCGGUUAGCCGAACCUCCAAAUUCCAUUUCUGGAACAUGCUGUAGUACAGGAUAGUCCUUGAAGCGAUUAUCUUCCUCACCGUUUUCCUUUCAAUAUUAACUUAUGGUAAUGCUUAUAAAUACAAUGUUGCGAUUCAUCAUAAGAUCCAUAUUUUCGGCCGCCAAAAGACAUUCAGAGUUUUAGUUUCUGUCGUAAUUUUGGUUUAAUCUUUGUGUAGAGGCGCUUCUGUCAUACUCUGGACGUACGAUUUCACGUUUGGUUGUGACGAAACACUUGCGCUAGCGUUGAAAUUCCUUGUUAUACCACACUAAAUGUUUUUCCACUUCACAUAAAGCCUACAAAGCCAAUUAGUCACCAUUUACUUUUUAAAUGUAAAUAUAUUUGGAUUCUUAUGUCUGACUUUUUGUCUUCAUAAAACCAUUUAUCCAUGUCUGUCUGCUUCGAGCCCAUGAUUAUUUAUUUUGUUUCAUUUUGUGUUUCUUGGAAUUGUACUAAGAUUGCUUUUAUUUACUGACUUUCCCAUUCAUCAUUCCCUACCUUCAUAAUCCACGUGGUGUAUAUGUUGAUUUUUGGGUUGUAAAAGCAAUAUGAAAAGAAUAAUUAAAGCCAAGUUCUUAUGUAAUCUCACGGUCUAUCGUUUCUUAUGCCUAGUUUAGCAUGUCGGUGAAUAUAGGGUUACUGAUGCAUACAUAAUACUACAAAGUUUAUGAUCUUUAGAACCAUAUAUAAUUUAAAUACAUAUACUGGUCUAAAUUUUCACAUCACAUCGUUACAUCAGUACAAAACUCAAAAGUAAAAAGUGGAAUUAAAAGUAUUAGCGCCCCAAACUUACCACUUUGUUCCUAGUUACGUUUGAUGGUGUUGGUGAAACCCUAAAAACCUUUAGUAUAAAGUUUACUGGCAAAAUGCUUACGGUAUAACGGUAAGGCGUCUUUUGACUCCAGCUUCGAUGACUACCUAGUUCAUACCAUAAAAUCUGAACGUAUGGAUUUGAGUUCCGGUCCUCCUCUGUGUUAGGGUUGCAUGCAUAACUUUUUACUAGUUGAUGCGGUCUAUAAUUAGGGAUAAAACGCGAUAAACUCGGUUUAAUAAUGUAUGACAAGUAAGUUUGUUUAAAACUAGUUUGGUUUCGUCUAUUAUAUCCGUGCAUAACUCAUUGGAGUCACUUCUUUACACAAUGAAACCGGUGGUUGACUGUGUUCCUAAGAAUCUUUUGGUUUGAAAACAUGGUCUUAGGGAUUGUGGGUCCAAAAGUUGUGUAUGAAACUCCUAUCUGACUUUCCACCGUAUGUUGAGAUUUCUGUCUUACAUGUUUGGAUGAUUCUUCCAAAUCAUCAUAGCGACCGGCUUUUUAGCAUACCUAAAAAAGUACUGUAUUAAGAUAUCUUUACUCACUUGAUCAGGUCAUUAAAAUAUAAUGUAUCCUACACAUCCCGAACCGAGUGCUUCCAAAGUGAUUUGAAUUAAUGGUGAAGUAAUCGCUUUUUAACCUUAUCCUAUUAUGUGUGUUUACUGAUGCACUCCAUAUAAAUGUGAAAGGGCUCUGCGCAACCGACUUCAAUGUCCUUUUCCGGAGUCCUUUGAUUACGGUAUCCUUACUAUCGGGUGGUUUGACUGUACUAGUUAGUCUAUAUUUGUUAUGUGUUGAAAUUAUGGAUCAUAGCUUUCUGAUCACCAUGAAGUAUGUUGAAAAAAAUUUUGACGAGGGAUUGGCAGUUUAAUCACCUUAACUUGUAUUUCGGUUUAAGCAUUAAGUGAAGUUUCAACGAGU